CGUAUACUCUUAUUACGUUUCCUGGCGACUGCUUCCUGUACUCUCUCACGCUAUAAUAUCAGGAGGAAAAGCUUCACGCCUCCAGAGACAUCACUUUCGACUACUGUCAUACUAUUCCUUUCUUUCUUCUCUCUUCCUUCACUCUUUUGUGCUUCGUAUGGAGAAGCACAGGUGUAGCAUCUGCUUCCGUCGCUUCUCCAGCGGCCGGGCACUCGGCGGCCACAUGCGCCGUCACGUGACCGCCGCCGCCGCCACCCUUCCAACCAAGCUCCUUGGCCACCACUGCUCCGCCGUCACCGCGGGCUUACCCGCCGGUAACGGCGCGGUGGAGGCAGCAGUGGAGGAGGAGGAAGAGCUCACCAAGGAAGCUGCUUAUGGCCUUAGGGAGAACCCACGGAAGAGCUUCCGCCUCGUGGACCCGGAGUUCUCCUCCGCCUUCGCCGCCAUCGAGCCCGCCGGUUCCUCCUCCGUCGUCGUCCAGGACGGUGAGAGCGAGACAGAGUCGCUGUGCGCUGCAGCCACCGACGAUCGCCGACUUUCCAAACGGCCGCGCCAUCGAUCCCACGCGCCUACCUCGGAGCCGGAGAGUUCCGACGUCACGACGGAGGAGGACGUCGCCCUCUGCCUCAUGAUGCUCUCCCGAGACUCCUGGACCGCCGGUAAGGCAUCGCUGCUGUUCGACGGGAACGACGACGAGGGAUACGGCCGUCGAAUCGCCGCCCGUUCACGUCCACCGCGGAGGGGGCGGAGCAAGCACCAGUGCGGGACGUGCAAGAAGGUGUUUCGGUCGUACCAAGCUCUGGGCGGCCACCUAGCGAGCCACCGAAGGCCCACUGCGUGUAUCCCUGCUGUCCGAUCGCGUACCGACGGGGACGACGAUUCCCAGGCCAGUGUCGACGCCAAAGUCCACGAAUGCCCCUUCUGCUUCAGAGUCUUCCCCUCCGGCCAGGCUCUCGGCGGCCACAAGCGGUCGCACUUAACAUCUUCCACCGCCACCACUACCGUCACUUCACCGGCACCAGUGCCUCCGUUGUCGUGCUCGACACCAACCACAUCAACAGCCGGCGGCAAGUCCGGCGAUGGCGUCGGCUUAAUCGAUCUCAACCUGCCUGCGCCACUGGAUGAUGACGCGGCUCUCUCUGCUGUCUCCGACUUUGAGUUCAGUCCCAACCGCACAGUGAAAUGAGCAAUUCUGAGUACGUCAACCAUUGGAUCUGUACAUGAAGCAAGUUGAGGUAUGAAUUGUAGCGAACUCUGAGCGAGCUUUAGAGCUUCAAAUCUCCUUUUCUUCACACUGAAAUGGGUGGAACUAAUUAUUCGGUCAUUCGCUUUGUAUGUAUAGCUUCCCGUGAGAUGGAUGAUUGAUCUGAUAGCACUCUUGAACAUUUAAUUUA